AGGUUCGGCUCAAUCCACGCACAUUCCUAAUUCUUAGUCUUAAUUUGAAGGCCUGCCAGGCCUGCCAUGGUUCGCAACGGCGCAUGGACUUGGACUGAGUUGAAGUUUGCAAUCCUUGGGCAAGCCUGCGCCAAGAGGAACCCAUCACGCUGGAGCAAGAGUAUGAACCUGAAAGACUUGAUGAAAGACAUCCAGAAAUGCAUCAGGCUUUCCUGGGUGAAGCCCGAGCUGGAAGCGGAAGCAGUGAGGAGCAGCUCAGUGCUUUAUGACCGCACAAAGUCACCCACCUUCCACGUGAGCGACCUCCACACGCUCACAGUGAGGAAUGACAAAGUCAAUUCUGAGAUGCAGUUUGGGCUCAGACUUUGUCUUCUGGAUGUCCCUGCAGUCUUUGUGGCAUUUCGUGGCACCGUAAAUUGUUCUGACUGGGUCUCAAACCUAAAGUUUUCUUUGGGAAAGCCUAAGGACGGUGAGCCCUACAAGGCCUUCAAGCCCUUUUCAAACAUUCACAUGGGCUUUUGGAAUGACCUUGUGCAAAAUAUGGACACAAUAGGAGACCAUCUCUACAAGUUCGCAGAGAAGCACCAGCUGCUUAAGAAAGAGUGGACACUGGUCUUGACAGGCCACUCUCGCGGCGGAGCAUUAGCUCAGCUCUUGUUUAUGUUUUUGGAGUCGAGCCGAGAACGGCAAUCUUGGCCCCUAAAGCUUGCUUGGCUUCAACAUGAAAUUGUCAAUAUGUAUUGCAUGAGUUUUGCGUCUCCAUCCGUUGUGUGCUGGACUGGAGCCACACCUGAGCAUGUGGAGAGGUUCCACUGGAACAUCGUGAACUAUGUCUUUCGACAAGAUCCCUUUCCACGCUUUUAUGGUUGGGCUGCUCUGGUGAAGAUGUUGCAAGAUGGCCAGAGACUCCUUGCCAGUGCUGCACGUGUAGCUGCUGGGUUGGUCGGAGCCUUUGCUGCGCAGUCAAUUCUGCUGUUCCUGACCAAGUUCUUACCGCUUUUGGAUUGUUUGGUACAAGGACUCUCAGCUAUUGAAGGCGCUCAGGAUUUGUCCCAGAAGUUGCUGCAGGGUUUGGAGAGGCUGGAGGAGUGGCUGAAACCAAUCCAGGAUCGUGUCCAGGACUUUCACCAUGUCGGCCAGGUUUUGUAUGUUCAAGAGAGGGACGAAACAGCUUCGCCCAACGACUGGCUUUGUCGAUUCCGCAUUGGGGACAUGAACAUGUCGCACCACAGCAUCAAGAACUACGUGCAAAGCAUUGAGAAGCAAGGCACAGAGUUUCGCAUUGAGCAUGCUCAGCACCUUUACAGGCAUGUUUCUUUACCCAUGGAUGAUUCUUUACCCAUGGACGAACUUCUUCGUGAUGUGCGACAGGGAAAUGUUGUGACUGCGACGGCCAGUGUGGCAACAGAUACAGCGGAGGAGAGAACUCAAGUGGCUGAAGGUGCUGCCCUGUUGGCAGGCUUCACGCUCGAGGCAGGCUCCACGUCCAUAGAUGAGAUCGAAACUACGCUCAAACAUCAGCGUUCAUCUACAAAGAUGCGGCAGGAACUGCAACACCAAUUCCUGGAUGCUGCGAAAUAUGGAAAUUUUGCGCAGAUGUUCCACAUGCUGGAAGUCACAGACAAAGAUUUACAGAAGGAAGUGGCAAAAAGGCCAUUGGGUGAGAUUCGCGGUACGCAGAUUCUUCCAACCCGUCGUUGGAGUGCUGCCAUGCAAAUGAUCUAUCAAAAUGCAAGUCUGACAGACUUUCAGAAAUUACUCAGAUUUUAUCCUGAUACUGAAAGCAUUUUGCAGAUUGCCAAAGACUUGCCGGAGGUCCAGGAGAUGAUGGACUGUUCUGACGGCGAUGACCGGGCCAAGAAGCGACGCUUGGGUCCUGGCGACAGAGCAACCAUUGUCAACGUGCUGAAGUUGCUGACAGACAUUAAGAAGCAGAAGAACGAUUAAAGGGCCGUUGACCUGCGGAAGAUGAUUGAUACUAGUAGCUUCUUUUUUUGACUGAGCGAGCUUGUGGGGG